UUCUCACUCCAAUUCCCCCCCUUCCCUCUCCGAUCUCGGCUCAGACUCUCCUCUUGUGAUGGCGUCCGCUGGCAAAGCCCUCUCGCAAUCGUUCAAGAAGUUCUUCAAGAUGCCGUGGGAUAUCACCGGGCCCUGCUCCAGCCCCGAGUACCGUAGCUCCCUCCCCAAGGCCACCGAGUACCGCCGCUUCUGCCCCGCCACCGCGCCCGCCAAGGUCUGCGUCCCCACCACGGAACCCGAAACCGUCUUCGACAUCAAGUACUACACGCGCGAUCGUCGCCGCGAUCGGCCCCCCGUUCGCCGGACUCUCCUCAGGAAGGCCGACGUUGAGCGGAUCAUGGCCGCCAAAACCUUCGGCCCUGAUGAUUUCCCCAAGGUCUACCUCACCGAGAAGGUGGAGGAGGACGAAAAUGCCCGGGGCGGCGGGUACCAGUAGUGAGGUUGCAGAGCCUGUCUUCUUGCAUCUCGAUUAGGCUUGUGCUGCUGGGUUGAUUUCAAGAAGUGCCAUCUCACCACUAGUUCUGUUGUGUUCAUUGGGCUGAAUUACUGUGCUCUUGCCAGAAUUUUCUUUUGCUGAGAUAAAUUUGAAAAUUGCUCUCGCAACUGUGUUCGUCUUUCACAGGGAGAAUGAUUGAAUAACAAUAAACCAUGAAGUUCCCUAUUGUUUUUCCUUUUCCAAUUGUUUUUGUUAAUAUAUGCUAUUUUGAUA